AUGUUGCCAGUGUCGCGUCCAUUCUCAGUGCUCCUCUGCCUGAUGCUGCUGCAGCUCAGCUUGGCGAGAAUCUUUGAGCGCUGCGAACUGGCCGCCCUGCUGCAGAAGCAGUACGGAUUGCCAGCAGUCCAGGUGGCCAACCUGGUGUGCAUUGCGCAGCACUCGAGUGAUUUGAACACGGCUGCCUUUGGCGGCGGCAGCGGACCGGGCGGCGGCUCGCACGGCAUAUUCCAGAUCAGCGACGUCUACUGGUGCUCGCCGCCGGGACAGGGCGCGGGCUGUGGCCUGAACUGUGCCCGGCUGCGCGACGAUGACAUUGCGGACGAUGUUGCGUGCGUGCGCAAGAUCCACGCGGAGCAUCAGCGCAUCUCGGGGGAUGGCUUCAACGCCUGGCAGGCCUACAAUGCGUAUUGUCGCCAGGAUGCGGCCUCCUACGUGGCAGGCUGUGGUCUACAAACUGCUAACUCAAACGCCGUACGCGUGGCUGCCUCCUAUCAGCAGCCGAUCAAGGUGAGCUAUCAUCAGUCUACGCUGCUUCCAGUGCGGCCGCAGGGCAAGAUCUACAGUCGCUGUGAGCUCGCACAGGAGCUGUUCUACCAGCACAAGCUGCCCAUGCAGCAGAUACCCACCUGGGUGUGCAUCGCCCAGCACGAAUCCUCCUACAACACGGCGGCAGUGGGUCGCCUGAAUGCCGAUGGCAGCGCGGAUCACGGCCUUUUCCAGAUCAGCGAUCUGUACUGGUGCACGCACGAUCAGCGCGGCGGCAAGGGCUGUCGUGCCGGCUGUCAACAAUUCCUGGACUCCAGCAUUGCGGACGAUGUGCAGUGUAUACGGCGCAUUCACCAGGAGCACACACAGAUAUCGGGCGACGGCUUCAACGCUUGGACCGUCUACAAUCGGGACUGUCGCAACCAGCGCUACGAGCAGGUGGCCGCCUGCUUUGCCAAGCCACCGCUGGUCGCGCCGGCCACACAUCCAAAUGCCAUUGGCGGCAGCGUGGGCAAGUUCAGCUAUGCCUAUCCAUCUGCUACGACGCCCAAUCCCUACUACAGGCCUUCCAACAAGUUGCCCAACUAUCAAGCGACGUCCAGCGUUCAGGGCAAUCCUUUCCUGCGCCCGCGCCAGCCUCAAGUUCAGCCGCAUCCCAAUCUAAUUGGAUUACCCACAAAAUCGCACUUUGCGAGCGUCUACAGCACGCCAGCUACCAAUCCUUUGCUCAGCUUCAAGCACCACACAACACCCAAACAACAAACACCACAACACUUUUACACAACACCUACACGAGCUGGUAAAGUUUAUAAACGCUGCGAAUUGGCGCAAGAGUUGUAUUUCUCACACAAGUUUCCCAUGCAGGAUAUAGCCACUUGGGUGUGCAUCGCGGAGCAUGAAUCCCGCCUGGAUACGGCGGCGGUGGGUCGGCUGAACGCGGACGGCAGCGCGGAUCACGGUCUGUUCCAGAUCAGUGAUCUCUACUGGUGCACGCACGGCGAAGGCGUCGGGGGCAAGGGCUGUCACAUCGAGUGCGAUCGUUUGCUGGACUCCGACAUCUCGGAUGAUGUCAAGUGCAUACGCACCAUACACGAGGAGCACACACGCAUCUCGGGGGAUGGCUUCACUGCGUGGACAGUGUACAAUGGUAAUUGCAGGGAUCGCAGCAGAGCGGAGAUUGCCAGCUGCUUCGAGUCGAAAGAACUGGAAAAGGAACCCGCUAAGCCGGCCAAGCCGGCAGGCAACGAGCUGGUGAGGAAACCCAAGCCCAAGGGCAAGGUAUACAAUCGCUGUGAGCUGGCGCAGGAGCUCUAUUACAAGCACAAGCUGCCCAUGCGGGAGAUACCCACCUGGGUGUGCAUUGCCCAGCAUGAAUCCUCCUACAACACGGCUGCAGUGGGUCGCCUGAAUGCCGAUGGCAGCGAGGAUCAUGGACUGUUCCAGAUCAGCGAUCUCUACUGGUGCACGCACGGCGAGGGCGGUGGCAAGGCCUGUCACAUUGAAUGCGAUCGUUUGCUGGACUCUGACAUCUCGGAUGAUGUCCAAUGCAUCCGUACCAUACACGAGGAGCACACGCGUCUAUCGGGCGACGGCUUCAACGCCUGGACGGUGUAUAAUGGACACUGUCGGGGCCAAAGCCUGGCACAGUUGAGCGAUUGCUUUGCAGGCAAUGAAAUUUCCGAGGCGGAGAAGCCCAACCAUUAUGGGGAGCGACCACAGGUGCAAGCUGCGCAACAGCAACCGGUCAUAAAGAUUGCAGCUAACCAUGACUACGGGGCCAAUCCUUUCCUGCAACGUCUAAGCGCAUCGCAGACAGCUCCAGUGGCAAUCCAAGCUAUUAAAACAACUGUUAGGCCACCAGUCCAAAUAACCGUGGUGCCUAAUCAUCCCUUUGGUUCAAAUCCCUUUCUGCAGCAACUUAAGCCUCAGCAGCAAACCUCACUGGGCACAUCCGAGACUCGCCCCAUUAAGUUUAUUGAUCAAGAGCACGCUUCAAAGUCUAGCUACGAUCACAAUCCUUUUCUGAAGCCUAUUUAUAAGCCUUCUGCUAAUGCCAUUCAAGCCACUGACCAAAACAAACCCACCUCCCACUCCAAUCACAGUCCAGCCCUUGUGCCUAAUCCCUUUCUCAGUUCAGCGAAUAAGCCAGAGGUCGGCCAGCCUAAAACAAGCACCACUUCCAAGCCUACAUUGGCAGCUAAAGUUACGCAUUAUCCAUACAUAAGCAGCGACAGCUUUCGUCAGGAGGUCAAUAAAUUCACGGCCACAUCGCCACAUGAUCUCCCGUCACAAUCUACCCAAGGCACCAACACAACACCAGCACCAAAACCAACAGCAAUUACAACCAAACUACCAACAACUCGAGCAACUACAACCAUUCGCCCCUUUACAACAAUCCGUCCAUUUUCUAUAAAUAAGCCACCCCUCACUUCGAAAAUUUCAACUCGCGCGCCAAUAACUAGGACACCGAUAACAACACCUCUAUUAAUAUCGACAACUCGUCGUACAAAAACAAAUGCAAUAGAAAGCAAACCUAUUCAUACAACAAAAGCUCAAAGUACCAUAUUAACAAGACAAACAACAACCAGAUCCACAACUCGCCAAACAACUACAAAAUCGACAACUCGUCAUACAACUACAAGACCCACGACUCGAGCUACCACAGCCAGACCUCCGACUCGUUACACAACAACUAGAGUCACAACUGGUCCCACAACGAGAACCCCAACAAGCCCCACUACAACAAGGCCUACGACUCGUCCUACAACGAGAUCCACCACGCCUUCCACAACAGCCAGAUCCACAGCUCGUCCGACACCGAGAGCAACAACACAGCAGACAACAACGAUAUCGACAACGCGUUUCACAACACCGAGACCCACAGCUCGACCUUCAACGCGAACCACAACACAACCGACGACAACGCGUUCCACAACAGCGAGACCCACAACUCGUCCUACAACAAGAGCAACAGCACAGCCAACAACAACGAGAUCUACCACGCGCUCCACAACACCGAGACCCACGUCUCGCCCUACAACGAGAGCCACAACACAAUCAACAACAACGAGACCCACAACGCGUUCCACAACAGGAGCCACAACACAAUCAACAACAACGAGAUCAACAACUCGUUCUACAACCACCUGGCGUCCAUUUACAUCAACGUGGUUCUCAACAACACGAUACCCAAUAACAACAACUACAGCCCGUCCCAGCUUAAAGUCAUCCACCACAUCUAAGGCAACAACCCGCUCGACUACAACAGCUCGCCCAACCACCACCAGAUGGCCUCAGUUCUCCACGUCCCGCUUAAGUACUUCCACAACGCCCAGACCCUACCUAUUUACCUCGACAACAACAACUCGUCGCCCCGCAACGACAGAAAGGAGUGCAUCGACUAAGGAUCCAUUUGAUCAUCCCUUCUUUGCGAAAUUUAAGGCAACAUUUGACACAACUCGAACGUCGCCGUCAACUGUCACAAAGCCCACCGCGACGUCCACUUUGUCCAACCCAGGCAAAUUCACUGCCAGCCCGUAUUAUGCCAAAUUUAAGGAAAACAGCGUCAAAGCGGCAGCCAAAACGGCUUAUGCCUACGAUUUUGGCCAGAAUCGAACAACAGCCAAAUUGAUCUAAGGUGAAACAUUAACUAAAGCUUGGGUAUAUUGGUAGGGAAUCUUGUAAAUAUGCGUGUAAUGCGGUUAGUUUAGUUUGUAUAUUGACAAAAUACUCAUAAAUUAUUAAUCUUAAGACACAUAAUUAUGAUUUAGAUAAUAAAACAAAAAUAAACCACACACAAAUACGCAAAUUUAAUUCAGUGCGGAGAGUGGAGAGUCAAC